AUGGGUCGCGGCGUGCACCACGCCGGGUGCGAGCGGGCACGUGCCAUGGAGCAAGCAGAACUUGAUUGGCAUCUCCCUGACCUACCUGGAGGGCCAUGAAGACGCGCAGGGCGAGAGCUCCACCUGCCGCCGUGCCGAGCGCAACCUUACCAGCGACAAGCACUGCGACUGCUGC